GCUCCUCGGCGCCCGCGGGUGACGCGCUCCCCCUAGCAACGGAGGCGUUGCUAAGGCCGCCAUGGACGCCACGCAAAGGCCGCUCGUGGUCCCGCCGCGCAUUGGGCUCUACGCCGAGGAGAAGGGCCUCUUCCGCCUCAUGCAGGAGGCCCCUCGAGUGCUGGACGAGUGCCUGGCCGCUGUGUCUAUCUGGAUGAGGAAGAACAAGCUGAAGAUCAAUCCCGACAAGACAGAGGUCCUCCUGAUCAUGCUGGAGGGUUUGAUGAUCCACAGACCAGAUGAUCCCAUUGGGUUCCUGAUUGAGCUGCUGUUGCUGGACAAUGACGACAUUCCAAGGAUCCUUCUCCUGGGCCCUCCUGCCUCUGGGAAAACUACCCUUGCGAUGUGGCUGAGCAAGCACCUGUCGGCCCCGUGGCUCUCACAGGAGACGCUUCUGGACAGCGAUUGGUCCUCCCUGACGGCCAGCGUACGGGAGUUCCAGGCCAGGAAGGAGGAAAUUCCCGAAGACCUGUGGGCUGAUCUGCUGGAGGAGCGCCUGCAGCUCCCGGACUGCCUCCACAACGGCUGGAUCCUGGAAGGCUUCCCUGAGACCCGGGAGCAAGCACGGAGCCUGCAGGCCGCCGGCAUCAUCCCCAGGCAUGUCGUGGUGCUUUACGCUCCGGACAUUGUUCUGCUUGAGAGGAACCUGGGGAAAAGAGUGGACCCCAUGACUGGAGAGGUCUACCACACCACCUUUGACUGGCCCCCGGACAAGGCCCUGCAGGCCCGGCUGGUGCCCGCGGAAGGCUCCUCAGAGACCGCCACGGCCCAGCGCCUUUUGGCCUACCACCGCAACUACUACGGCACCCUCCUGUCCUUCGGGGCAAAGAUGAAGCUCAUCAAUGCCGACCAGCCCUGUGCAGACGUCCUGGCACAAGUCCUGAGCCACAUCGAGGCCCCACCUGCCAGCCCCGCCGCCUUCUCCCUCCGGAUCCUCCUCUGCGGGCCCCCGGGGGCCGGGAAGAGCCUCCAGGCCGCCCUCCUCGCCCAGAAGUAUGGCAUCGUCAAUGUUUGCUGUGGGCAGUUGAUCAAGGAGGAGGUGGCCGACGGCUCCAAGCUGGGAGAACUCAUGAAGCCCUACCUGGAGAACGGGUGGCCAGUGGCGGACAACAUGGUGCUGAAGCUGCUCUCGCAGAGGCUGAGCCAGUGGGAGUGCCACGUGCGCGGGUGGGUGCUCCACGGCUUCCCUCGGGAUGAGGACCAGGCCCGAGCCAUGCUCCAUGCAGACAUACGCCCAAACAGAGUCUUCUUCCUGAGCAUCUCGGCUGACACCGCUGUCCAGCGCCUGUCUUACCGCAGGGUGGACCCCGUCACCGGAGAACGGUUCCACUUGCUUCUCCGCCCGGCGUCACACAAGGAGGUACACGAGCGGCUGCGCCAGCACCCGAGGGAUGCGGAGGAGGCAGUGCAACUGGACGUGGAUCGCCACCAGCGCCUGUCGGGGGGCCUGGAGGCCUUCUUCCAGGGCAGCAUCCCCACCGCCGUCCUCAAUGCUGACCAGGACCCCCAGACCGUUUUCGAGUACAUCGAGAGCUACCUGGUGCGGCCCCCGCCUCUGAAUCCGCCGGGGACCCUGUUCCAAUCCAUGGGCCGUGAGACCUAAAAUAAGUUCCGCAGCUCUAGAUUAUUAAAUAUUGUUUUCUGUGGGUGAGCAGAUGGUGACUACUGGGUGGCAUAUGUUCUGUAUAGAGCUGAUGUGGUUCUAGCCAAUGCAAUUUUCUGAAUCGGCUGAUGUGGUCUAUCCAGUGCAAUUUUCUGAAUC